AUGUUCUGGAUCCUGAGGCGUACCGGCGCGGUCAACUUGUUCAACUCCAUCAACGGCAACGGUAACGCAGCCAAAACGGGGUCCAACAACAGCAGUAACAACUCGGAAAGGAGUAACCCUCGUCCGCCGCGCAAAGCCUACGGACGGCUGAGCGGUGAAUCCGAUGAUGCUCAGUCGGUCCAACGCCCGCGGUACGAUGUGACGACACCUUCACCUGCCCAGGGCUACAGCGGCAAGCUGAUAGACUUCGCGGGCAACACGGCAGAACCAAACCUUGCCAGUCCGAACGGACCAUCAUCCACCGGUUACAGAUGCGACGAGCAAGUGAACGGGAACGGACUCUGCUGCAAUGGGUACGGUUACAACAACAACAACAAAAACAACAAUCACAACAGCAACAUGAUCAACAACAAUCACGAAAGCAACAAUCAAACGAACGGUAACGAUUGGCUCGAAGCAAUGGGUCCACAGCCACUGCCGAAUGGGGCAGGCCCGUGCAUGCCGACCGGCAGCAUGGCAAUGGAUGAUGGCCCUUUCGACGACACGGACGAAGAGGAAGACGUUAACCGGAAUCACUCGAACUAUAACGAAACAGACUCGGAACUCGAACUGGACGGGAAGAUCAAGGAGCAGCGUCUGGAGGAGCAAGCCCUUGCCCGGCUGCACGCGAUUGCGCUGUCCGACGAUGACGACUACGAUGAGUCACUGACCUGCAAUGUGUGCGAUCGGGCAUUCCGCUGCCGCCGUCAGUUGGCGUCCCAUCAGCAGAAGAAGCGUCACUUUGGUUGCAGUGGCUGCGAUAGCCUGUUCUCGUCGCUGAUGCUGUUGGAACAUCACAAGGAAGAGUUCGAGCACUGGAGUGAUUACGAAGAUGACAGGCGGCUACCGUGUUGUCGGCGCAACCGGCGCGACGAGGAUGACUAUACCGAUACCGAAUCGGGCACCAGCGACGCGGAGAGUGAAGAUCUGGAACGGUUGCUUUAA